GAUUGCAUAUGUGUGGGUGUGUGUGUGUGUGUGUGUGUGUGUGUGUGUGUGUGUGUGUGGGUGUGGGUGUGCAUGAAAAGGAGAGCCAUUGAUAACCCCCCAGUCCCUCUCAGUGCUGCUCACUCAGUCUCCUGCCCUAGUGCCAGCCUCUCUGCAGCCAUGAAGCCGGGUCUGCCGUCCUCCGCAUGCCUCCUGCUGCUGUGCCUGCUGGGGGCCCGCGCCACCACGGAUCCCCGCCAAGCCGCCGCCAUGGCUGCCGGCCUGUGCAAGACUCGCCCCACAGACCUGGUAUUCAUAGUGGACAGCUCCCGCAGUGUACGGCCAUCCGAGUUUGAGCAGGUGAAGGUGUUCCUGGCUAAGGUGAUUGAGGGGCUGAACGUCGGACCCAACGCCACCCGCGUGGGCGUGAUCAACUACGCCAGCCGGGUGAAGAACGAGGUGUCGCUGAAGACCCACCGCACCAAGGCUGCGCUGAUCAAAGCCGUCACCCGCAUCGAGCCGCUCUCCACCGGCACCAUGACCGGCCUCGCCAUCCAGUUCGCCGUCAACGUGGCCUUUAGCGAAGCCGAGGGGGCCCGCGUGCGCUCUCCCGACGUCAGCAAGGUGGCAAUCAUUGUGACAGACGGGCGUCCCCAGGACAAUGUUAAAGAUGUGGCGAAAAAAGCAAGGGAUUCUGGGAUUGAAAUGUUUGCCAUUGGCGUGGGCCGUGUGGACAUGAACACGCUGAAGCAGAUUGCCAGUGAGCCUGAGGAGGACCACGUGGACUAUGUGGAGAGCUACAGUGUCAUUGAGAAGCUCACCAAGAAGUUCCAGGAGGCUUUCUGUGUCACGGACCUGUGCGCAAGCGGAGACCACGACUGUAAGCAGGUAUGCAUCAGCAAGCCCGGCUCUUACAAGUGCGCCUGCAAGAAGGGAUUCACCCUCAUGGAGGACGGACGAUCCUGCAGUCGUGAGUUGGCAGCUUGCAGUGAUUCUGCUACUGAUGUGGUGUUCCUGAUCGAUGGCUCCAAGAGUGUGCGGCCCGAGAACUUUGAGCUGGUGAAGAAGUGGAUCAACCAGAUCGUGGAGAAGCUGGACGUGGCUGAAAACAAGGCCCAUGUGGGGCUUGUGCAGUACUCCAGUGCGGUCAAGUCAGAGUUCCCACUUGGCCAAUACAACACUAAAAAGGACCUGAAGGAUGCCGUGAAGAAGAUGGCCUACAUGGAGAGGGGGACCAUGACCGGUCAGGCCCUGAGCUACCUUCUGGACAACAGUUUCGCACCCAACCAGGGGGCCCGUCCAGGUGUCUCCAAAGUGGCCAUUGUCUUCACCGAUGGGCGUUCCCAGGACUACAUUGGAGAUGCUGCCAAGAAGGCUAAAGAGCUGGGAUAUAAGAUGUACGCAGUGGGAGUUGGGAACGCGGUGGAGGAUGAGCUGAGAGAGAUUGCAUCUGAGCCCAUUGCCGAGCACUACUUCUACACCGCUGACUUCAAGGCGAUGAACCAGAUCGCCAAGAAGCUUACCGGGAACAUCUGUGAAAAAGAGAAUCCCUGUGAAUGUGAAUCAAUUGUCAAGUUCCAGAAAAAGGUUGAAGCUGCUUUGCAAGCAUUAACAAAAAAAUUGGAGGGCAUAGCGAAGAGGAUCGCAGCACUGGAGAACAAAAUCGUCUGAGGAGCUUGCACACCCCCUUCUCAUUCUUCACCUUUUUUUGUAAAACAACUUACUGUAAA